AUGUUCUUCAAGUUCACGCUGUCGUUUCUUCUCCUUUGCAGAUUUGCAGCAUCACAACAAGAAGAUGUUGGUUUCACUUACAAUGGCUUUCGAGGAGUUAACAUGAGCUUGGAUGGCUUAGCCCAGAUUACAGACAAUGGUCUCCUAAAGUUGGUAAGCACCACACUGGCACAGGUGGGUCAUGCUUUCUACCCUCUUCCGGUUUCGCUCAUGAAUACUUCCACUGGUAAUGUUCUCUCCUUCUCUUCUACUUUUGUAUUCGCCAUGUUCUCUGAGUUAACAAUAGUAGGAGGUCCCGGAAUCGUGUUUGUGAUUGCACCUUUCCGAGAGUUCCCAGGUGGUUUGCCAAGCGGUUAUUUUGGGCUCUUCAAUGCCACUAAUAUGGGCAAUUCAUCCAACCAUAUUAUAGGAGUCGAAUUGGAUACUCUCCAAAACGAGGAGUUUAAUGAUAUCAAUGGUAACCAUGUUGGUAUUGAUAUUAACGACUUGAAAUCUGUUGAAGCUAUUCCAGCAUCUUAUUUUAGUGAUAAAGAGAAUCGGCGUAUCGACUUGAAUCUCUUCAGUGGACAGCCCCUGCAACUCUGGGUGGAAUAUAAUGGUAUAGAGAAGCAACUUAAUGUGACUUUAGCUCCCAUUAAUGUCCCUAAACCAACAAUUCCACUCUUGUCAUUGAAAAUUGAUCUUUCUCGGUUCAUGGUAGACCCCAUGUUCGUGGGCUUCUCAUCAUCUACUUCUGCCUUAGAUGUAUCUCAUUACGUGUUGGGGUGGAGCUUGAAGGUGAACGGGCAAGCAAAAGAACUCUCUCUCUCCCAAAUUCCUAAGCUUCCGCGAAUUGGAUCUAAAACAAAAUCGAGAAUAUUUCAAAUUGGAUUUCCUGUGAUCGGUGCUAGUUUAGUGUUAUUGUUAAUCUUCAUCAUCCAAUUUACUGUACGAAGGAGGAAAAAGUAUGCAGAAGUUCUUGAAGAUUGGGAACUUGAAUAUGGACCUCACAGGUUCAAAUACAAAGAUCUCUAUAAGGCAACCAAAGGGUUUAGCGAGAAGGAGCUUCUUGGUAUAGGUGGCUUCGGUGAGGUCUACAAAGGUAUAAUACCCACCUCAAAAGCAGAAGUUGCAGUAAAGAGAGUUUCACAUGACUCAAGACAAGGGGAGAGGGAAUUCAUUGCUGAGAUCGUCAGCAUCGGUAAACUGCAACAUCGAAACAUAGUAAAACUCUUGGGGUAUUGCCGACGUAAAGGAGAGCUCUUUCUAGUCUACGAUUUCAUGCCCAAUGAGAGUCUAGAUAAGUUCCUCUUUAAUCAAUCAACAACGAAGAAAACAUUGGGCUGGAAUCAUAGAUUUCAAAUAAUCAAAAGCGUGGCAUCUGGGUUACUCUAUCUUCAUGAAGAAUGGGAACAAGUGGUAGUUCACAGAGACGUCAAGUCCAGUAAUGUCUUGUUAGACAAUGAGCUAAAUGGAAGACUAGGAGAUUUCGGGCUUGCAAGGUUAUAUGAUCAUGGAGGCGAUCCUAAAUCAACCCAUGUGGUGGGGACGUUUGGUUAUCUUGCACCAGAACUUGCCAGGAGUGGCAAACCAAACCCUAGUGUGGAUGUAUUUGCGUUUGGGGUUUUAUUGCUUGAAGUUGCUUGUGGUAGAAGGCCGAUAGAGGGACAAGGAUCAGAAGAAUGUGUAGUGUUGAUGGAUUGGGUGGUCUCAUGUUGGAGUGGGGGCAACAUUCUUGAAACUGUGGAUCCCAAAUUGGGGAUGAAUUAUAAUGUUGAGGAAAUGGAGUUAGUGUUAAAACUUGGUGUGCUUUGCUCUCACUCCCUUGCAUCUGCAAGGCCAUGUAUGCGACAAGUUGUUCGCUAUUUGAAGGGAGAGAUUCCAUUACCACAGCUGCCAUCUCUAACUUCUGAAGGUUCUUGUGACCUGUCUACUUGGUGUCCUUAUCUUGGGAGUGCAACAAGUCUGUCAUCAUCAACGAUUACAGAUUCUCUACUCUCUGCACCACGUUAA